CGCCCAAAGUCCACCAGGGGAGGCUUCCUGAUCGUGCCUACAAAGUGCGAUGACAUCGCACCUUUGACUCAUCAUUACGGUGUCAUAAGGCGUGUCUGAUUAUUUAGAGGAGUGCCAAACACAUAUCAAAACAUCAACGUGGGGGGUGAAAGAGACGACGAAGUGUCGCUAAGCGUCUGAGUCACUGUACAUCAUAUUAUAGAGUACAAGGCUAUUGUCUACUAUGCUAGUGUCGACACAAAUGAUAUACACUACCCAUAAGUGUCUUCUGCCGAGUACUCAAUAUUCAAGCUAAUUAGGCGCCAUGUCCAAAAAAAAGGUGAAGCCAAAGCCCUCCCAAGGAAACCCUCGCCAGGUUCCCCAGACGCGAAAGGGUAAAGGCUCGACGGAAUGGGACGACAUUUACAAGGAAAUCCUGAUACGGCGGGAGGAGAAAGAUCUCGAGGCGCAGUCAGAGCAGCUCCUGGACCAGCUGCAGGCUUUGAAAGCGCGGGAGAACGAGCUCCUGCAGGAAAUAAGCGACGUGGAGGAGCUGUUCUUAAGCAGGGAUCCAUUUCUCGCCGACGAAAUUGUGGACCAAGCCUCAGCCAAAGCGGACGACGAGGAAAAAGUGGCGCUUCAAAAGGAGACCGAGAUCCGGAAUCUGAUGGUGGAGUGUGCCGAGCUGAGGGAGUCCAAGCAGGAGCGCCUGAAUGUCAUGCACCAACACAUUAUUUAUCAGCAGUUCAUGCACACGCUGGUCGGCAUGACUUCGUUCGAAGAUGAGGAGGCGCUCACGGAUCACAUCGAGAGUCUUCACAGCGUCGAGGACCAGCUGUCUCAGAGGGAGGGCGAAGCCUACGAGCAGACCAACAAGCAGAGGAAAACGCAGAUCGCGUUGCAAAAACAGUACGAGCUGGAAAGGCAGGAGCUCGAUAUGGAGCUCACCCAGCUCAUGCCCGAAUUGUUUGAAUCCAAAAUCAAGGUGGAAUUUUGGUUCAAAGAGUGGAAACGCAUCGAGGAAACCGCGUCCAGGAAACUCAACCUGCUGGCGCAGAUUAAGAUGUCCAUCCUCAGCCUCUACGAGAUGAUCGGUGGCAAGGUAUGCGAUAAGCAGGGACUGGCUUUGAACGAGACGGAGAAACAGCUGGAAAAUAUCCACUCCUUCAUGCUGGACCACUUUGAGAUUUUGAAAGAGUAUGAAGCCAACAACGCAAAAGGGGAAAACUAAACCCCACGGCAACCUUCUUUUCUGUCCACCCCCCGCCGCCAUCCCACACACUGGGAAACCAAUAUUUCAUGACAUCGACCGGAAUUAGACAUUGCAAUGCUUGUCGUCUGGACAGAAGAGGGGUUGCCACUCAAGACUUUGGAAGUUGGGAUACAAAAAAAAAAAAA